GAGGCGCGGGUCCUGACGGGCAGAACAAGAUGGCUCGGCCAGAGUCACAAGAGCCCGCCACGCCGUUGAACACCGCAAUUCCAACCCGCCGACGGGCGCCAGAUCCCCUACCGUGUAAACCCCACCUAGAAGUGGACUGAUUGUUGCGUGGCCGCCCUCGAUAUUUGCUACUUGGCUUCGGGAAGCCCGCAGCGUAUCUGCCGGGCCGGGGCUUCGUCGGUCCAAGUCUGGCGGAAUACGCCGCGGUGGUGAGGCAUGUAUAGAGUCAGUUGCGUUGGGGCCUGACAGCAAGCCGGUAGAUUAUUCCACCAGUGACCAGGCGUCCCGCUCACUAUACCUGAUCGCUUCAUGGCAUCGCCUCGGCCAGCUCUGAUGGUAUAAAUAUGACUGCCAGCAGGCCACCAAGUCUGCGAACCCCCUUUCCUUCCAUGUCCUACCUCAGGCACCUGUAUCCCACUACCAAGAUGCUUUCCCAGACUCUUCUCGCCUUCCUCGUCGCUUCGGCUCCUCUGGCCGAGGCCGCUCCCCGCGCGAGCCGCACGCGCGACACCGCCUGCGUCUUCACCGACGCAGCCGCCGCCAUCAAGGGCAAGACGUCGUGUACCGCCAUCACCCUGAAGGACAUCACCGUCCCCGCCGGCCAGACGCUGGACAUGACGGGCCUCAAGGACGGCACGCACGUCACCUUCGCCGGCACCACCACCUUUGGGCACAAGCUCUGGGCCGGCCCGCUCGUCGCCUUCACGGGGAACAAGCUCCUCAUCGACGGCGCCGCCGGCCACGUCAUCGACUGCAACGGCUCGGCGUGGUGGGACGGUGUGGGGGCCAAGAACCCCGGCAAGCCCAAGUUCUUCUCGGCGCACAACCUCGUCAACUCCAACAUCAGGGGCCUCAACGUCAAGAACACGCCGAUCCAGGCCUUCAGCAUCAACGGCGUCACCAACCUGGGGCUGUACGACAUCACCAUCGACAACAGGGCCGGCGACGGGCCCGGCGGAGGCCACAACACGGACGGCUUCGACGUCGGCUCCUCGAAUGGUGUCACCAUCAGCGGCGCCAGCGUCUGGAACCAGGAUGACUGCCUGGCCGUCAACAGCGGGCACAACAUCGUCUUCACGGGCGGCACGUGCCGCGGCGGCCACGGCCUCUCCAUCGGCUCCGUCGGGGGGCGGUCCGACAACGCGGUCGCGAACGUGGUAAUCAGCAACAGCAUCGUAGCCGACUCGGCCAACGGCGUGCGUGUCAAGACGGUGGUGAACGCGACCGGAUCCGUCUCGGGCGUCACGUACGCAAACAUCACCCUGAGCGGCAUCUCCAACUACGGCAUCGUGGUCGAGCAGGACUACAAGGACGGCCGCCCGACCGGCCACCCCACCGCCGGCGUGCCCAUCACCGGUCUCGUCAUCAGCAACGUCACCGGGACCAUGAAGAGCUCCAAGUCCGUGCCCGUCUACAUCAUUUGCGCCGACGGCGGCUGCUCCAACUGGACCUGGACCGGCGUGAACAUCAGCGGCGGCACGCCAUUCACCUCGUGCAAGGGCGUCCCCAGCUCUGCCUCGUGCUAAAUGCAUUGCGUUGUGGGAGGACGAGAACGCUAGAUGCAAUAGGGAAGGGCUGAGAUGUGGAGAUGGGGGUGAAUUUCCUGGAAGCCACGGCAAGGGAUUUUAGAAAAUGAUGUACCACCAGGAUCCACUGUACUAAGGUUUGUGAUCCCUGGGACCUGUACCAUCUAAUACACACUACAUUUGGCAACGGUAUGCUUUACACUAGCCCUGUACAGCCCCGUGCAAUUAAAUCGUACAGGUUCCAGGGAUCAGAAUUGUUAGUGCGGUGGAUCCUUCCUAAUUAGGCUACGUACCCCCAUUUGCCAGAACCCACUAGAAUCGUCACCCACAGAUAAGAUAUCAACAUACAUUGAUCUCUACUACAAAUUGUGUGGCACCCUGUGUACCCUUACUUCCCCUGUCACCCCCCCUGGUUGAUCCACCGCACUAACAAUUCUGA